CAGUGGCUCGUGCUACACUGUACUCCACAAUACGUCAAACUGAUAUUUGAUUGUGUUUACGCAGCAAUUUCUUUGCUCUAUCAGAAUUUUACUGUUUUUAAUGUCGAAGUUUUAAUAUGGGAGUGAUCAGAAAGUCUAAUAUUUCAGAGUCCUAUUCCGAUUCUAUUGAAGAUGUGUUAAAUGAGAUUGAAAAUAAUGUACAGAAUCAAGAGCCUGAAGUGAGACGUCCACGUAAAAUAAAGCAUCGUUCAACAAAAUUGCUUGCUGUCGGAGACGUCAGCAACACCAGCGGAAAAAGUGGCAAGAAGAAGAAAAGAGGUGAUAAUUCCAAUUACCUGUUAUCUUUGGCUGAUCCCGAAGAAGUACAAGAGCUUUCCAUUCAAGACUUUAUUCCUCAAAAUGUUUCAGUGUUUUCCCAAAUGUUCAUUUACAGAGACAACAUAGAGUUAUGGAAUGAAUUUAUAAAUUGCACCAAAAACAAUGAAGAUUGGUUUCAGAAGCACAUUGGAACAGAAAAUAUUGACGAUUCCGAGCAAGUUAUGGAUGAAAAUAGUGACAAGCGACUUGAUCAUCCUGCUUAUACAGCUGCUGAAUGUUUUCAUAAAAUUGAUGGUGACCUCCGUAACAUGUUGAAAAAGAAACAUAUUCCUAUGGGGGUGUUAAUACACCUGGAGCAAGAGUUGGUGACUUUCUUCGUUAACCGUCCAGAUUCGAUUUACCACUGCUCAAUUCCGAACAGCUACGAGAGGCUUAUGGUCCACGCCCUCAGCCAAUACAUGGAUUUGUCCUCAUUAAGCUACAACAGAAGUGGCUCCCGUUGGACUAGAGUGAAAAAUAAAAAGCCCACCUUUCUGCUGCCACCUGUGCUUUUAUCAUCCUUUCUGGAAAAACGUUCAACUCAUACAGUUCAUUAAAAUAAAUGUCAUCUUUU